AUGUCUUUUGAAGAUGCUAGAAACGCCCUUUUAAUCGCUUAUGCGGAUGGUUUUCUAGAUGAUGAAGAGUUUAUUGUUCUUUACGAUUAUUAUCAACCCGUUAAUCCUUCAUUUCCGUACUGGAAUGAUGAUCCAUUCUGUUUGGAUGUGUUCGACUCUUGCGAGUGCGAAGCGCACUUCAGGGUGGCCAAGGAUGAUAUUCCGACUUUAUUGAACGCUUUGCAGAUUCCGGCGAGUUUCAAGUGCCCACAGGGAACAGUUUGCAGUGGCUUAGAAGGACUUUGUUUACUGCUAAAACGAUUAGCAUACCCAUGCCGCUAUUUCGAACGAUUUAAUUUCAACUUUUGGACGUCCAGUGCCAGAGCUGUGCAUGAUCGCUGA